AUGGCUCCUGUCCAGACACUCGACAACAAAUUCGUUGAAAAUGGCUUUGGGAAGCAGCUGAAACCUACGAGUAAAUCAGCAACGUACGAUGAUGUCGCAGAAAACUACGACGGUCAGUACCGAUUUGCUCCCAUCCAGGAAGCCCAAGUUUCUAGAGCGAUGAUUAAGCGGUACUUUGAAACAAUGUAUGACAGAGCCAUCUCCGACGUCGUUAUCGUUGGGGCUGGAAGCGCUGGAUUGACCUGUGCUUAUCAUCUGGCUUCCACUCGGCCAGAUCUCAAAAUCACUAUCAUCGAAGCCAAUGUUGCUCCAGGGGGAGGAGCUUGGCUGGGUGGGCAGCUAAUGACACCAAUGGUCAUACGGAAACCAGCCAACCGCUUUCUCCAAGAGAUCAGCGUACCUUAUGAGGACGAAGGUGCUUACGUUGUCGUUAAGCACGCCGCGCUCUUUACCUCCACUCUACUGUCUCGUGUGCUCGCUAUGCCCAACGUGGUCAUGAUGAACGCCACCGCGGUUGAAGAUCUCAUCAUCCACGAAGAUCAUGCUGGACAGCAGCGCGUUGCGGGUGUGGUAACGAACUGGACUCUUGUUGCUCUCAAUCACGACACUCAAUCUUGUAUGGACCCUAAUACGAUCACUUGCCCCGUAGUUGUCUCAGCCACGGGCCACGAUGGACCCAUGGGUGCCUUCUCCGCCAAACGUCUGGUCAGUGCAGGCCUGUUAAAGGAGCUAGGCAACAUGAGAGGCCUGGACAUGAAUCGCUCAGAACCAGCCAUCGUCAACAAUACGAGGGAGGUCGCUCCUGGUUUAAUUAUGGCCGGCAUGGAGCUCUCGGAACACGAUGGAAAGAACAGGAUGGGUCCAACUUUCGGAGGCAUGAUUGGCAGUGGUAUCAAGGCUGCUCAUGAAGCCCUCCGUGUGCUUGAUUCCGUGAAUGUCGUAGAAGGGAAAGCUGUAUCCACUAUUUGA